AUGACCAUAAAAAAGGGUUCUGGAUCUAAGAAGGAAGGUCAGCAGACGGGUGAUAAGCCCAAGUGUAAAAUCUGCAAGAAACACCACUUCGGGAAGUGCAGAUAUGAGUCGAAAUCCCAGUCUCAGCCAAAGGCAUGUGGGAUUUGCAAAUCUUCUGAGCACAAGACUCUCGACUGCAAGAAGAUAAAAGAUGCAACGUGCUACAAUUGCAACGAGAAAGGGCGCAUUAAGUCCAAUUGCCCAAAGUUUGCGAAGAAGACUGAGGAGGGGAAGAAGACCAAUGCUAGGGUCUUCCAAAUGAACGCUCAGGAGGCUAUUCAGAAUGACAAUGUGAUAACAGAUCCUGGUUCAAAUGGAGCAAAAAAGAGUUACAAAUAA